GCCUGGCCUAUGAGGGGGUGUCCAAACACACUAGAGAGGACAAGUCUUUCCCCCCAGCAUCAGGUAGAUGAGAAUGCGUUUGUCCAAACCACUAGUAGACAUGGAGAUGGCAGACUAUAGCGAGGCCUUGGAUCCAGCCUACACCACGCUGGAGUUUGAAAACAUGCAAGUGCUUGCGAUGAGCACAGACUCCUCACCACAAGAAAGUGCCAACAUGAAUGCUGCCAAUCACUUAGGGGCCGGCACUCUAUGUGCUAUUUGUGGGGAUCGGGCCACAGGAAAGCACUACGGGGCUUCAAGCUGUGACGGAUGCAAGGGCUUCUUCAGACGCAGUGUACGCAAAAACCACAUGUACUCAUGCAGGUUCAACAGACAGUGUAUAGUGGACAAAGACAAGAGAAAUCAGUGUCGGUACUGCAGACUAAAGAAAUGUUUUCGAGCUGGCAUGAAGAAAGAAGUUAUCUCAUCCUCAGCUGUGCAGAAUGAAAGAGACAGGAUUAGCACCAGAAGAUCCAGCUAUGAGGACAGCAGUUUACCCUCCAUAAACGCACUCAUUCAGGCUGAUGUUCUUUCUAGACAAAUUUCAUCACCGGGUCCAAUCCUGAAUGGUGAUAUCAGAACAAAAAAGGUAGCCGCUAUAAUGGAUGUGUGCGAGUCUAUGAAACAGCAGCUGCUGGUGCUGGUGGAAUGGGCCAAAUACAUCCCUGCAUUCUGCGACCUCCCGCUGGAUGAUCAGGUGGCUUUACUGCGAGCUCACGCUGGAGAACACCUCCUACUAGGAGCUGCCAAACGCUCCAUGAUGUAUAAAGACAUUUUACUAUUAGGCAAUGAUCAUAUAAUUCCUCGAAACUGCCCUGAAUUGGAGGUGAGCCGCGUGGCAGUAAGAAUCCUUGACGAGUUAGUCCUUCCCUUCCAAGAUCUGCAGAUUGACGACAAUGAAUAUGCCUGCUUAAAAGCCAUUGUAUUUUUCGAUCCAGAUGCCAAAGGUUUAAGUGACCCAAGCAAGAUCAAACGAAUGCGGUAUCAAGUUCAAGUUAGUUUGGAAGAUUACAUCAACGACCGACAGUAUGACUCACGGGGACGGUUCGGCGAGCUGCUUCUGCUGUUGCCGACACUACAGAGCAUCACCUGGCAAAUGAUCGAGCAAAUCCAGUUUGUUAAAUUGUUUGGAAUGGCGAAGAUAGACAAUCUGCUGCAAGAGAUGCUUUUAGGAGGUUCAGCUAAUGAAGCACCUCACGCUCAUCACUCUCUACACCCCCACCUGGUCCAGGAACACCUCAGUAAUAACGUCAUAGUCACUGCCAACAUGGCUACUCCACUUCACAAUGGCCAGAUGUCCACUCCGGAAACUCCAAUCCCAUCUCCCCCCACAGCCUCAGGUUCUGAUCACUACAAAAUGGCAUCGGGUGUUAUUGCUACAGUGCCCAAACAGCCAAGCUCCAUCCCUCAACCUACCAUCACUAAACAAGAGGCCAUCUGAUAGCAGAGACGCACAACUCAACUUCUUAAACUCGCUACUUCUAAUAGGCUGUGACAAUAGAUAUUUGGACACAGCAUAUCUGAAAUGUAUAUUCACUAGCUGUUCAAAUUAAAGUUUGUAGCAAAGGACACUGUGAACAUUGAGAAUUUACUAUUUUUAGAAUUUUUUACCAAAAUAAUUGAGCCUUAAUGUGAUUGUAGAUCUAUUUAAGAUUGUAGAUCUAUUUAAUCUAACAAUUUAAGAGACCACUUGGAAAUUCUCAGUUUCUCUGGAUCUAUUAGAUGUGGCGGCUUUAAGUAUAAUGUUUAAAUUUGUUUUAUUCUUAUAAAAGGUCUAAAUUCUACUCUAUAAAAAAAUUUUAAUAAAAAACAUCAUAUACCCUGGCUAUAGAAAAUCAUCAUCUGUGAAAAUCUAUACUUUACGCACAUGACACCCUGCUUUCAAAAGACCUUCGUGAUAUAGUUGUAGGAAGGUACAGAUUAUGAGAAGGCUACAAAAACAUUUUAAAGACUGGAAAAGUUAUUUGGAAUGUGGUUUGAUUUCAGGAUGUAUGACAAACAAAGUCAUUAUUUUAAAGGGGUAUGAUGAUUUUCUAUAGGCACUGUAGAACAUUUUAUUUUCAUUUGUCUGAUUGAAAAUCUGGCAUUUCCACUAAAUCUUUCAGCAAAAAUCCUCUAAAUGACAACAUUUUCCAAAUUUGAAAGAAAUGUUAAUACUUAACUUAAUAAAACCCCCAAAAUAUGCAAUGAACUAUAUACUCAGCUAGUGUUUUUCAGCCAAUGGUGGACUUCCGGUGAAAGGAUUAUGUGACGAUUUUCUAUUUCAUAAGGUUCCUUUUACAGCAUCAAUGUUGUAAUGUAAUUCAAAUCAGUUAAAUAGACUUCAGUGUUCAUUUGGUUGUUAAAGUGUAAAAAGGGACGAGAAGCUGUUUAAACGCAGGUGCCAUCCCAGCAGAAAUUCCAUAAAAAAAAUACUGGGGUAAAAUUAAUUUCCAUAUUUUAAUUUAAAGACAAGGAAAACUAUAAUUUAAUGCAGUGCUUCUUGUUUGGUCUGAUAGCCACUUUAUACUGUACCUCAACCAGGCAGUGAAGAUUGCUGUUUUUUAAAGAAAUCAGAUCUUAAACGUGGCCAUUUUGUAUAGGAUGACAAUUAACCGGAAGCCCUGGGGCUAGCUGACUGAAAUGAAAAGUCUGUGUGCAUAUACCCUAUUAACUAUAAAUCGUAAAUCCAAAGAAACUGAGAAUUUUCAAAUGGUCACUUAAGGCUCUUUAUGUUCAUCCCAUCUCAUUUGUUCAAACAAGUGGUGCAUAUUUAUACUAUCCAUUCAGCAUUCAGAAAGAACCAUAUAAUAGAAAGGCUAUGCAAAUUUUGAUCUCUUUUCAAGGAGUUUGAGUUCCAUUAAUGUUACAGCAGGCCUGAAUUUGAUCAGAUGUUUGUUCUAAUUGUACAGUAUUCUCACAGCUUGCUACAAACGACUGGCUCUUAUAACACUUUAGCCUGAUAGAAUACCUUAACAUUUUGUGCCUUGGAAAUAUUGUUAUUUACCAAAACGCUGGUAAUUAUUGUAUGUAUGCAUAGAGUAUGUGCAUUUCGUAUUUUGUCUGUAUGUGCCAUACUUAAAAUGUAAAUAUAAUGACUUUUUUUUUCAUAAGUCUACUUUAGAAUAAAAAACACUGGUUUCCUGCUCAACCCCUUAACAAUUGUGGCUAGUCAGUGAUAUAUAUUUCAGGAAAAAAUGCCACAUUCAUUUAUAGUUUCAAAUAUUGGUCAUUUAUAACCAAUUGACAAUUGCAUCCUUCAGAGAGAAGGGUAAUUUGAAACAUGCAAUGUGAACUGAUAUUAAAUGUCAAGGCUAUAUUUUUACAUAAAA